AUGACAUCCGAAAACGAAUUCCAACUCUUCACAUCACUGCGUUAUGAUCCCUUACUUCUCAAGUCCGAGGAGAAUUCGCGCUCGAUUCUAAACUUUGUUGCCCCAUCGCCAUUCUAUAUGCUUGCAUAUCAUCGAGACCGGAUGGUCGAAGCAGCACAGCACUUUGAUUUUGAUGAAGUCCAGAAACGUCUCGGGGAUGGCAAAGCUCUGCAUGAAGAGCUGUUGAAGAGAACCAAUGCUGAGAUAGAAAAGACUGGAAAGGACCGAGCGAUGAAGCUGCGAUUAUUGUUUGAUAAAGCAGCAAAUCUUACAGUCGAGUUCACAGACGUCCCAACCGUGCCACUUUCCACUCUCUAUCCUCCAUCCCUAGACCCACCAAAUGCAAAAGUGCAACACGCUUCUGCAGCAGCCUUCAAAGCAUCUCCAUUGACGGGAGGCGCCCUGACCCUUGGACCCGACGAUUCACUCCCAGCCCAAACAUCGACACCCCCACCCCCACCAGAAUGGACAAUCAGGCUAGACACUGCACCCACCCCAUCCUCACCCUUCACCCUCUUGAAAACGACAAAGCGAGAAAUGUACGACCAAAGCCGCGAGCGUGCACUGCCUGAGAAUCCCGCAGGUCCCGCUUACCGUGAAGUCAUGCUCUACAACGAAGUCAAUGAGCUUACCGAGGGUACUCUUACGUCUCUCUACCUUUUCCGUGGUGGCCGCUGGGUAACUCCUCCUGUUGGCGUGCCAUCCGGCGAGUUCACUAGCAAGACGCUGAAAGAUGAUGGAGCCGAUGAAGGAGAGCUGAGGAAACCGUUUGCUGGUCGAUGGGGCCAUUCGACGAGGAGUGCCAAAGUCGGUGCGGGAGGUCAGAGGGGUACGAGUAGGAGAUGGGCACUGGGAAGUGGAUACUGCAUGGAAGAACCAGUUAGUAUUGAAACUGUUGAGGUGGGAGAGGGUUUAUGGGUGAGUAACGGAGUUAGAGGAUUUGGUUACGGGAAAGUGGUCGAGUAG